GAAGAAUUACGAAGUAAUUAAAUUAUCAAAAAUUACAGCUUAAACGUUGUUUCAAGAUGUCUAUCUCAGCGAUAUACAUAUUGGAUGUGAAGGGCAAGGUUUUGAUUUCACGUAAUUAUCGUGGAGAUAUUGAAAAUGGAAUAAUAGAGAAAUUUAUGUCUUUGGUAAUGGAGCGAGAAGAAGAAGGCAAUCUUACACCAAUUAUUCAAACAUUAGAUUGUGCAUACGCUUAUAUUAAAUAUAAUAAUCUUUACAUCGUUUCUACAACAAGGAAAAAUGCUAACAUUUCUUUGGUAUUUGUAUUUUUGCAUAAAGUUGUACAAGUAAUGCAAGAAUAUUUUAAAGAAUUGGAAGAAGAAAGUAUAAGGGAUAAUUUUGUAGUUAUUUAUGAAUUACUUGAUGAGUUAUUGGAUUUUGGUUAUCCUCAAACCACUGAUAGCAAGAUAUUACAAGAAUAUAUCACGCAAGAGGGACAUAAAUUAGAAAUACAACCUAGAAUUCCGAUGGCUGUGACCAAUGCUGUAUCGUGGAGAUCAGAAGGUAUUAAAUAUCGCAAGAAUGAAGUAUUUUUGGAUGUAAUCGAAUCUGUUAAUCUUCUCGCUAAUGCUAAUGGAAACGUAUUGAGUUCUGAAAUCGUUGGUGCCAUCAAAAUGAGAGUUUAUUUAUCUGGAAUGCCAGAGUUAAGACUUGGUCUCAAUGAUAAAGUAUUAUUUGAAUCAACUGGACGUGGAAAGUCCAAAUCAGUCGAACUGGAAGAUGUUAAAUUUCAUCAAUGCGUUAGACUUUCUAGAUUUGAAAACGACAGAACUAUUUCAUUCAUACCACCGGAUGGAGAGUUUGAAUUAAUGUCUUACAGAUUGAAUACUCAUGUCAAACCAUUGAUAUGGAUUGAGUCGGUAAUAGAAAGACAUGCACAUAGUAGAGUUGAGUACAUGAUAAAAGCUAGGUCUCAAUUUAAACGUCGAUCAACUGCUAACAAUGUUGAGAUUGUAAUACCAGUACCAAAUGAUGCAGAUUCUCCUAAAUUUAAAACAACUAUCGGUAGUGUCAAAUACUCUCCUGAACAAAGCGCUAUUACUUGGUUCAUCAAAUCCUUUCCUGGAGGAAAAGAGUAUUUAAUGAGAGCACAUUUCGGUCUACCUUCCGUGGUUGGAGAAGAUGUAGAAGGUAAACCGCCAAUUCAAGUGAAAUUUGAAAUUCCUUAUUUCACUACUUCUGGGAUUCAAGUACGAUAUUUGAAAAUUAUUGAGAAGAGCGGUUACCAAGCAUUACCAUGGGUGCGUUACAUUACACAAAAUGGUGAUUAUCAAUUGAGAACGAAUUAACUUGAGCAGUUAAAUGGAAAUAUUUCAAAUAACGAAAAAUUGAGAAUUUUAAUGUUUAAAAAAAUUAUUUUUUUGAUAAAAACUCGUGUGUAAAUAUUCUGUUGAAAGUGCAUGUAACAUUUUUUUGAAUUGAUUAGAGAUUUGCAUAGUUAUAUCAAUCGAGAGAACAAUUUAGAUGGUUUUAACAUUUUACCUUCUGCAUAUUUCUUGAGUCGCCAUUGCACUACUGUCGGCGAGAUUCACGCUGGAGAAAAAUAAAUCAUGCAGACACGCAUAGUACGUGACAAUGGUUGAUAACAGUUGGCAAAAAAAAAGUCAAGUAUACGUGACAGCGGCUGGCAAAGUGUUA